GAAAUUUGACACUAAUUUUUGGAUUACAUUGGGUUAUAAAAAUUUUUCUACUUUGCUUCGUUUUAUUAAUAAAAAAUGGAAAUUUUAAUUUAUAAAAUUUUAUUUUUAACUUGUGUAUUUGUUUGUUUGGUAGAAGGUAUUAAAUUUAAUUUAUAUCCAAAUACACAAAAAUGUUUAAAAGAAGAUAUGCAAGCAAAUCAACUAAUAGUUGGAGAAUUUGAAGUUACGGCGGUACCUGAAUCGCCUGAACAAACUGUGGAUUACAUUGCUAGAGAUACUAGAGGUCAUAUUUUAUCUCAAAAGGAACACAUUUCGAAAGGGAAAUUUACAUUUACUUCCGAAGUUUAUGAUACAUAUGAAAUAUGCUUUAUUUCUAAAGUUCCGCCACAUUCUAGAGGUAUUACACGUGAAGUUACGUUGGUGACAAAAAAGGGCAUAGAAACGAAAUCUUAUGAAGGAAUAGGGGAGGCAGCCAAACUUAAACCUCUUGAAGUUGAUUUGAAACGAUUAGAAGAUUUAUCAGAUUCUAUUGUUCAAGAUUUUGCUUUAAUGAGAAAACGUGAAGAAGAAAUGAGAGAUACCAAUGAAUCAACUAAUAGUCGAGUACUAUUCUUUAGUAUAUUCAGUAUGUGUUGCUUAUUAGGCCUAGCAACUUGGCAAGUUUUGUAUUUGAGAAGAUAUUUUAAAGCUAAGAAAUUGAUUGAGUAAUUAAAACUUUUUGUAAUUUAUAAUUUUUUUUGAAAUUAAAUUUUUCCAAUAAAAUUUUUGGUGUUAUUUUUUCAACCAAAAAUUUGAUCUAAAUUCCUGAAAGUAGAAGAGGCAGAAGAAAUUAUAAUUUUUUGAAUUUUAAAUGGGUUUUCUUCAUAAUUCUCACUUUUUAUUCUAAUUUAACAAUAACUUUGGAAAAUGCAUAGGUACAUAGAUCCUAAAAACAAUUUCUCAACAUUCAGUGUCUUUGGUCUUUCCACUUUUUUUCAAGAAAAAAAUUAUUUGUGAUUCAUGUUGAUGAUAAUUUUUGGGGUUUUCAUCAAAUUGUGGAGUCUUAAUUUUUUAUUUCCUGUACGAUAGAAUGAUGUAUAUAUGUAUAUAUAUAAUGUUUAUUAUUGAAAUUUAAAUUAAAAAAAUUAUAAUGAUAGGAAGCUUUGCACCUACAUUUGAAGAUCCUAAAGUUUUGCAAGUUUCUUUUUAAUACGACUAACAUUUAUAUAGUUGAUAUGUAACUGCAAAAUGGCAAUUUAGAAAUGUUAUUACAUUCAUAUUCCAAUCCACUGUUAUAUAAAGUGACAUACACUGUUCCGAAACUCUAGCCUCAAUUAUUAUUCAUUGUGAAAAAAGCUGUGGAAAACUAAAUAAAUAAAAAGACAAUUAAAAAUUUAACCCUGUAUUUCUUUAAUUGGAAUUUUUCAACAUUAUUUAUUAUAACUUUUUAAUUUUUAAUAGUUUUUAUACACUACAAACAAACGUACAUGUAAACAAAAUUGACUAGUUUAAUUAUUUGAAAAAUUAUUUUACUCUUCUUAUUUUAUUCCCCUCACACAGAAAGCAAUUUUUUAAUCAUUCAACUUAAAAUUUAAAUACAUUUAAUUUUGUUUCUCCUAUUUUAAUUAUUUUUAAAUUUAGAUUUCAAAAAUUAAAAAUACAUAAUAUUAGUUUUAAUAAGAAAAAUCAAAUGGAAUUAAAGAAAAGUAGUUAUUUCUUGAUUAUAACAAUAACCAAGAUUAUUUUUAUUAAAUUAUUGCAAUAUGCUUUAUUAUUUAUUUUUUCUUUUAUGAAUUUUUUUUUUCAAUUUAAAUAGAGUAUUAUUAAAAAAAUCAUAAACAACAUUUAUGAUUUAUUUUAAGACCACAAUGGUCGUCUUUUGUUAAUAAUUCUUUGUUUUCCUUUAUACAUAACUAUUUUCAAUCUUUUACUUAUAAAAAAAUAUGUA